AUGGUUCGAAGAACACAUAAAAAGUCUCGAAAUGGCUGCAUUGAAUGCAAGCGCCGUCACAUGAAGUGUGAUGAGAAAAGACCCAUAUGCUCCAACUGUAUCAGCUCGCAGCGACACUGUGAGUUUUUGGAGGGUGUUCCUAGCGAACAGUCCUCUCGCAGCGUUAGAAGUGAAACUGCUACUGCAUCGCCCGCCGUUGCAUCACCGGCCGUGACCUCCUCGUCCGUCCAAGAGCCCAGCAAUAGUCCGGAAGAUGCUCCCGUUAAUAUGCUCCACGUGGAGCUUGUUCACAAUAUGUCCUCAGAAACUAUCAAAGGAUUCAAUCGUCCGUACAAUUUCUCUGGUAUCCCAUUCCAGGAUAUCUUGCGGUACGGCCUUAGUGCGCCAUAUCUUAUGAACGAGGUUCUAUCUCUGAGUGCUUUGCAUCUUAGCAUCAUCAGACCGGGACAGCGAGAUUUCUACCGACACCAUUCUACUCAACUACAGAAUUAUGCGCUGAGCUCAUUCAACAACUUAUCAGCACAAAUCAAUGACGAAAAUUACGUUUCGAUCUUUCUAUUCGCUGGUAUUUUGGGGCUGCACAUGCUCUGCGAGACACUAGUCUUUCGAGACAAUGAUUUUGAGAGUUUUCUUGACCAAUUUGUUCAAUACAUCGUGCUGCACCAUGGGGUACGCACUGUCGCCGGCGGCGGGAGAUGGCAACUUUUGCAACAAACAGCAUUGAGACCGCUCUUGGAACUCGGAGCUCGGAUUCCUUCGGCGAAUUCAAGUCUCGGUCCGGUUUGCCAGGCGCUUUUGGAUCGCAUCAAAGGUCUUGGUCACGACGAAACUACUGCAAGGACAUACCAACAGGCUAUCCAGGCCUUGCAAUCCGUCAUCACUGUGAUGGACAAUGAAACUCCAGGGAGCAACAGCGCAGAUAUUCUUAUUGCAUGGCCGGUGCUUGUCCCUCGCGAAUAUAUUGAUCUGAUUGCGCAGAGGAAGGGAGAGGCUUUGGUUAUCUUAGCGCAUUUCGGUGCCCUUGUUGAUACUCACAAACACUCUUGGGUAUUCUGUGAUGGUGGCAAGUAUCUGGUUGAUUCAAUCAGUCAGUAUCUUGGGCCCCAGUGGGAUGAAUGGCUCCGUUGGCCACGCCAAUCAUUGACGAUGGUACAUUCUGUACAAUAA